AUGGCCGGAGUAGAUCCAGCAGAGGCGUUUGAGGAACGCUCUCGCGAACGCGAUAUGAUCCCCCUGGUAACACCCUACAGACAGUUCACUUAUGGGAAGAUCGCUGCCGAAUGGGAACAUUUGAAUUUGCCUACAGACAUCCGGAGGCGGGAGAUCAUGCAGAUGAGAACCAAGUUUCCGAAUAUUACUGCUGCGGGAGUGGGAUCUGAGGAAAAGGCAAUCUUAUGGGAAGAUGCAUACUCCACGGAGGACCUUGAUCCUCGUCGGGAGAAGAGCAAGUCAAGAGCACUAAUUCCUAGCAUCGACCCCAUCCUCCCGAUCUAUCUGGCUGGUGACGAGGCCAUUCGAAUCCACAUCCCCGUCAACAUGGCUUCCACGGCCUUCUACCUCAAUCUGCUCAAAGGCACAUUCCCUCCCAUCGUCCUCAAAAUCACCCACAUGAUCUACAACACCAGCCUGGAAGAUACCGAAGCACGCCGUGAACUCAUAAAAAGGCUUGAUCACAUCUAUUUGAUUAGACGCCAAUUACCUCGCUUCCAGAAGCAGCAGUUCACACAUUCCAUGAAGCCUUCUUCGUUUGACGAUUUCAAGCGACAAUGCCAGUCUGGAAUUGCAUCAGCGCGAGGCUGUAGCAAUAUUCCUCUCGACAAGCUUUGGGCUUUCAAGGGAUUUGGAAAUUUGCGACACGCCGGCACGAUGACUGAUGAUUCCAUCCCAUCUCGACUUCCACAGCUGAAAGAGGUCAAAAGGAUUCUGCUUGAGCUUGAGCACAUCACUGGACAGAAGCUUCACCGAAUUUCAGGCGUGCCAUAUCCCUUCCAAGGAGGACCUGAGCCGAGGGUAUGGUCCUGGGGUAUCCUUUACCGGUUCCUCGGCCCCAGGUUGCGUGUUCUCAGAUGGGCGUGCAACAAGCGCUGGGUAACAGACCUGACGGUGCCGAUCUUGAUCGUUGUGCUCUGCUACCAAGUCCUUGAGCGCCAGAGGAAGAUGUCGGAGAUGCAGUGGCCUGAAUGUCAAGAAUUCUUGAGGCUGCCGAUCUCACUUUAUCAGAUGCAUCCCUUGUCAGUCUCUAUCGGAAAAGCUGAUCAUUCGCGUGGUAUGGUCAGUGGAUUCAAGAGCGGGAGCAAGUUGUCGCUCGAGGACUUCGAUCCGGUAGAGUGUAACUUGUUGUUCGAGACUUGGUCGUCCAACUGUGCCAAAUCGAACUUUGGUGCGGAUGUGGAUUGCAUCAUCAAGCAUUUCACGGAGACAUUGCGGAAGGAAGCACUGCCGUACUGGCCGGCUGAUCUUGCGCCUCUUCCUCCCGAUGGAACAAUUCCUCAGAUGCAGCCUCCAGUCGUCCAAAGUACUAAGCAGAAAGACCACUUCAGCAAGUAA